GGCUCCGCGUGUUUGGUUGUCACUAGGAAGGAGCAAGAGGAUUUGAGCCGGGGUAAGGGGGUUUGCUAAAAGUUGGUCUUCGGCAGGGGCUAGGAUUUCCCCGCCGUGACAGUGUCUGUGGACUCCGGUGAGUUGCGCUCUUUGCUGGGCUCGGGGCUGGGAUUAGAGGAGGUGCGGGUCUUCGGGAUCUUGGCCGAGGCUUCCGGGAAAGCUGACCCGCCCCCUCCCCAAAUCCCGCGGAGGUAGACUGGCCGCGGGGUGCGGAGAUCGGCUCCUGGGUUUGAAAUGUCAUCGAGACCUCUUCAUUCCCCCAGGAUCCUACUUAGAAGUGACGUCUCGGGAGUCUUCCUCACCUCCGUCAGGCUGCUGGGUCGCUCCGAUACCCUAGGGACCCCUCGGUGGUCACCCAGGAGCCGUGCCUGGCUCACAGUGGGUGCUGUGUACACGUGUGUUGGACGAGUGCAUGUUACGCGGGCAUCCAAAGCCAGCUGCCCCAGGCAUCCCUGGCUCCGAGCAGCUUCGGCCUCGCGGUACCUACUGUUUUGCCGCGGUUGACGCCAAAUUGAGUUCCUUGGAGGACCAUGUCAUUAGACUUUGGCAGUGUGGCUCUGCAGACACAAAAUGAAGACGAAGACUAUGACAAAGAAGACUAUGAAAGAGAGAAAGAGCUGCAGCAGUUACUCACAGACCUUCCUCACGACAUGCUGGACGAUGACCUCUCCUCCCCGGAGCUGCCCUACUCUGACUGCAGUGAGGAUGGCCUCGAGGGAGAAGCACAUCAUUCUCAGGAACCGGAGAUGAACUGGAGUGAGCAUCAAGUGCUGCCUAAUUCUCAGAUUGUAAGGGACUAUAACAAGAUUCGGGAUUUAUAUGUUGGAGAGAAAUGUGGCAAUGGUUGGGAAGAGAAUCGAAGUAAAAAUGAAGACCAACAUCCUGGGUACAAUCCUGAAGAAGAUGGAGAUGAAGGUGGAAGUGGUUAUUGUCCUCCAAGUAAAUAUGAACAGACUGAUUUAUAUCAUGUUCCAGAAAACUUUAGGCCAUAUACCAAUGGUCAGAAGCAGGAAUUUAAUAAUCAACCAAACAAUGUAAUUAAUUUUUCAGAUCCUCAAAGGAACCAUUUUCAGCAAUUUGGUACAUCACAAAGUCCCCGUUGUCAAGCUUUGGAACCAUUUAAAGUGACCUAUAAACCCUAUCAGUCUUCUGCCCAGGGCAACGGCUCACCGGCCCAGGAGGUAGCAGGAAGUGACACAUUUGAAGGGCUGCAACAACAGUUUUUAGGAGCUAAUGAAGCAGAUUCUGCAGAAAACAUGCAAAUUAUUCAACUUAAGGUUCUUAACAAAGCAAAAGAAAGACAACUAGACAAUUUAGUUGAAAAGUUAAAUGAAAGUGAACAUCAAAUUAGAUAUCUGAAUCACCAGCUUCUGAUAAUCAAAGAUGAAAAGGAUGGUUUGACCCUCAGCCUUCGAGAAUCACAGAAACUCUUUCAGAAUGGAAAAGAGAGAGAGUUACAGCUUGAAGCACAAAUAAAAGCACUGGAAACCCAAAUACAAGCAUUAAAAGUCAGUGAAGAACAGGCAAUAAAGAAGUCCAGAACAAUGGAAAUGGCUCUGGAAAGCCUGAAGCAGCAACUGAUGGACCUUCACCAAUCUGAAUCACUCCAGCGGGCUAGAGAACAGCAUGAGAGCAUUGUUACAGGCCUCACAAAGAAGUAUGAGGAGCAAGUAUUGUCCUUACAGAAGAAUUUGGAUGCUACAGCAACUGCACUUCAGGAAAAGGAAGACAUUUGCACGCAUUUGAAAGAUCACGUGAAACAACUGGAAAGGAAUCAAGAAUCAACCAAAUUAGAAAAGACUGAGAUCAUUAACAGGCUGACCAGGAGUCUAGAGGAGAGUCAAAAGCAAUGUGCCAACUUGUUGCAGUCGGGUUCAGUACAGGAGGUGGCUCAGCUACGGCUUCAGCUGCAGCAAGCACAAAAGGCACAUGCUUUGAGCGAAAACAUGAACAAGGCUUUGCAGGAAGAAUUAACAGAAUUAAAGGGUGAAAUUUCUCUCUAUGAAUCUGCUGCAAAACUAGGAAUACUUCCAAUUAACUCAGAAGGAGAAUUAAAUAUAGAACUCACUGAAUCAUAUGUCGAUUUGGGUAUUAAAAAAGUCAACUGGAGGAAGUCCAAAGUUAACAGCAUUGUGAAACCAGAUGAUCGAAAUGAAGAGCUUUCCAAAGAUGAGAUCAUUCACAAGCUGAAAGCUGAAGUGCACCGUUUGCUGGGUAGCAACUCCGUGAAGCGACAUCUUGUUUCUCAGUUACAAAAUGACCUCAAAGAUUGUCAUAAAAGGAUUGAAGAUCUUCAACAGGUGGAGAAGGAUGAAAAAAGCAUGGAGGUUGAGACUAAACGAGAUACUUCAGCAAAACCAGCUAAUCAAUUAUGGCCUGACUCUUCUGCUUCUGAUAUGAUUGUCAAAGAUGAUAUUCUUCAACUUAAAAAUGAAAUUCAAGUUUUACAACAACAAAAUCAGGAACUUAAAGAAACUGAAGAAAAACUGAGAAAUACAAAUCAGGAUUUAUGUAAUCAAAUGAGACAAAUGGUACAAGAUUUUGACCGAGAUAAACAAGAAGCUGUGGAUCGGUGUGAGAGGACUUAUCAGCAGCAUCAUGAAGCCAUGAAAGACCAAAUACGUGAAAGCCUGUUAGCUAAGCAUGCUCUGGAGAAGCAGCAACUCUUUGAGGUUUAUGAGGGAACUCGCUUGCAGCUUAGGUCUGACUUAGAUAAGAUGAACAAGGAGAUGGCUGCUGUUCAGGAAUGUUACCUGGCAGUGUGUAGAGAGAAGGAUAAUCUAGAAUUGACUCUCAGGAAGACCAUGGAAAAGGUGCAAGAGUCUCAGGAGGAGAAGAAACAGGUAUUGGAAAAGAGAGAAGAAUAUGUAAGCAAACUGCAGGUGGAACUUGAAGAAAAGUACCAAGAUACCCUUAUGAUGGAAAAGAGCAAGUGGCAGAAAGAACAAGAAACUGAUAUUAAAUGGCGGGUUGAAAAUGAAGUGACCUCAGCCAAAGCACACUGGGAGAAGGAACAAAAAGAGAUUAAACAAGAACUCAUUCAACAGCUUGAAAAGGAGUGGCAGUCUAAGCUGGAUCAAACUAUAAAGGAAAUGAAAAAGAAGACCUCAGAUUGUGGCAGCCAGACUGACCAAGUAACCACAACUGGUAUAAUUUCCAAGAAGGAGAUAGCAGCGAUGAUAGAAGAGCAGAAGCGAAAGAUUCAGCAAGAUUUAGAGCAAGAGAAGCAAAUCGCUAUCAAGGGGGCCUUGAAGAAACUUGAAGUUGAACUGGAACUCAAACACUGUGAAAAUAUUGCCAAACAGGUAGAAACAGCUGUGCAAAAUGCUCGUCAUCGAUGGCUGGAAGAACUGCCUGAGCUUGCAGAGUAUAAAGCCCGUGUAAGGAACGAUCGGAAGAAGUGGGAAGAACAACAAGAAAUCUCAGUGGCCAAACGGAUAUCAUUUGCUGUUUCUGAAGCUAAAGAAAAAUGGAAAAGUGAACUUGAAAAUAUGAAGAAAAGUGUUAUACCUGGAAAGGAAUUAGAAGAAAAAAUUCAUUCUCUUCAGAGGGAACUAGAGUUAAAGAACCAGGAAGUCCCUGUGGUUGUCAGGGCUGAGUUGGCUAAGGCCCGGAGUGAAUGGAACAAAGAAAAGCAAGAAGAAAUCCACAGAAUUCAGGAACAAAAUGAGCAAGAUUACCGGCAAUUUUUAGAUGAUCAUCGAAAUAAAAUUAAUGAGGUGCUUGUGGCAGCUAAAGAAGACUUUGUGAAACAGAAAACUGAACUUCUUUUUCAGAAGGAGAGAGAAUUACAAACAUGUCUAGACCAGAGUCGUAGAGAAUGGACUAUACAGGAAGGCAGGCGGAUCCAACUGGAAAUUUAUCAGUAUGAGGAAGAUGUCCUAACUGUACUUGAAUUUCUCUUAAGGGAUACCCAAAAGGGGCACAUCAGUGAUUCAGAGAACAAGCAGUUUUUGGAAGUUGUGUCAACUUGUUCUUCGAAAUGGGUGUCUGUACAAUAUUUUGGAAAACUAAAGGCCUGCAUACAGAAAGCAUAUCGAGAUACACCCUCCUCGCUUAUAGACGAUGCUGAACCAGAAUGGGAAAAGAAAAGUGUGACAAAGAUCUCUAAGGGUCUGGCCAGCAGGUGCUCCAGCAGAGGAGAUCCUAGGGACCCAGCAGCCCUUCCUGCACCCACUUCUGAACACCAUGCUCAGCCUGUGGCUUUGCAAGAAACAGGAGCAGAAGCUGAUAAGAAAAAGAUCCUUGAAAUGAAAGAUUCAUGCUGUGGACACUGCUUCCAAGAACUUGAAAAGUCAAAGCAGGAAUGCCAAGAUCUGAAAAGAAAACUGGAGAAAUGCUGUAGGCAUCUUCAGCAUUUAGAAAGGAAGCAUAAAACUGUAGUGGAAAAAAUCGGAGAAGAGAAUAGUAAAGUUAUUGAAGAAUUAAUAGAAGAAAACAAUGACAUGAAGAAUAAAUUGGAAGAGCUGAGAACAGUUAGUAAAACACCACCAAGGUCAUUGUCAGAAGGAGCCAUUGAAAAUGCUUGCCUGCCAUACAAUGGGAGGGCCUUGGAAGAACUUCGUGGGCAGUAUAUUAAAGCCGUAAAAAAAAUCAAGCGCGAUAUGCUUCGUUAUAUUCAGGAGAGUAAAGAAAGAGCUGCUGAAAUGGUAAAAGCAGAAGUAUUACGAGAGCGUCAAGAAACCGCCCGAAAGAUGCGCAAAUAUUAUUUGAUUUGCCUCCAACAGAUUUUGCAGGAUAAUGGAAAACAGGAAGGGGCUGAGAAAAAGAUUAUGAAUGCUGCUAGCAAACUUGUUACAAUGGCAAAAUUGCUGGAAACGCCUACUUCUAGUAAAUGCCACAGCAAAACUGAACAUUCAGUAGCACUGCCUCUGACUUCAGAGGUGCUGAUUGGAGUUGAAAAAUUAAAAAGAAAGGAUGUGACUCUGAAUGUACCAGGCCACAUUGGAAGCAAAUCAAACAGUAUAAAAAUUCUCCCCGGAAGUAGUUGCAACCAAAUUCCUAAGAAGAAGCCUGCUUGUAACUUACAAAGGCAGUUAGAGGACAGAGAGCAUGGGGACACAAAGCAUGUGGUUUCCCAAGGGUCACAUUUAGACCUUCGGUUUGGGGAUAACAGUUACAACCCACUAGACAUUUUGCCAGGGAAUGCGUCUCCUGAAUUUGUUCCUUGUGAAGGUGAAAGAGGCUUUGAUUUGCAUAGGAUGAAAGACCUACUUAGUGAUACAGGCUCUGAAUCACUUCUGCAUUCAUCUGCACACCCCUUUCUUGGAACUCUCAGAAAUAAACGCUCACCUAGAUGCACCCCUGUUCUUUUGGAAUCAGGAGCAACAAAUACAACAUUUCAAGGCCCUAUGGAAAGACCUGGUUUAAAAACACCUAAGUGUGAUCCACUGACAGAAAGUGAUAAUGCUGCAUCUGAGAAAAGUCAGGGUUUGGGUGUUCCAGAAACUCCAGUAAAGGAUGGAGGGGACCUUGGUGACCUGGCAGGCUGGAAUUCCAAUGGUGAGACUUUAGCCUGUACCAAUCAGGAAGUUCUAUUACUACAUGGUAGGCCACAAGGAGCUCUGGAUGAACUAGUUGAAUCUGUUAAUUUCAAACAGUUUUCAGCAACCAAUUGCCUGUCAGAUACAGAAGAAAAUAACAUGGUUUGUAAAACUACAAAAUGCGAGAGUGAUCACCCUCCAGACCUGUCAGAAGAAACCAUAUAUGUGCAGCCAGGACAGAUCCAUGUGACUUUUGGACACCCAGCUCGUCAUAAGGCUGAUCUGUUAAAGUCAGAUUUCAAAAAACUGAGCAGCACAGUACCAUCUUCAGUGUAUCUGCAGCCUUCGAGAAAAUUAACUGCUCCCUUCUCUAGCCAACAAGACAGCGGCUUUGAUAGCCCACUUGUCAAUCUAAACUAAUUGUUGUACAGUAUUUAAGAAGAAUCAUUAAUAUAUUGACAAGAAAACUGGAAGGGAAGACUUUAUACUGAAAAAAAUUGUGGACUCUGCCUAUUUUGAGAUGUUUUAAUAACAUCACUUACAUGAGUAAAGUAGUCUCAUAAAAUUACUUGAGAUAUUUAUGUUGCCUUAAUCUUCCAAAGGCCUAAUGGUGUAUGUGUAAUAUGCUUCUCCUCUAUGGCACUUAUAUUUGGUUGCUAAACCAUCUAUUUUUUUAUACUUAUAAAUUAGCUCACUGUGCAGCGUUAAAUUAUUGCCUAUUUAAAUAAAUUUGCAUAUAGUCUGUAGAAUUGUUAUGAAUUAUUUUGUAAUUCAUAAUAUAGAAAUGUUACAUUGGCAUCUGUUUGAAAUUCAGCCAGAAGAAAACAUACUUUGGUUAUUUGCAGGUAUGAUCAGUAAAAUUUAAUUUUUGAAAUUAAUCAUUUUCAAUGAGGUGCUAGACUUAAUCCAGACAUACUUUGCCUGGAAAUUUUCACUUUAAAUUUUGAUCUGUU